CACACACAUGAAACAAUGAUCCAGAUCCGUGAUGAUAAACUCAUAUUUCACCUGCUGCUCCUCGUGUCAGUGGCGGUAUGUGAGACGAAUGAGAUCUUGACUUUCACUGCACAUGAAAGAGGAACAGUUGAGAUACAGUGCUCAUAUAAGUCUGCAGAUGAAGAACAUGAGAAGUAUCUCUGCAGAGGAAAAUGUCCAAGACUGAAAAAAGACAAAGUUGUUGAAUCUGGAUCAGCAGCUCAAGACAAGAGAUUCUCUCUGACUGAUGACAAAACGGCCCACAUCUUCACCGUCACCAUCACUGAUCUGAGAACAGAGGAUCAAGGCCAAUACUGGUGUGGAGUAAAGAGAGGGCUGGGAAUAUUGGAUGACUUUACAGAGAUUCAUCUGGAAAUUAAACACGAAGAGGAUUCUGGGAUAUACUGGUGUGGAGCUGCACAGAGAAGACAAAAGCACAAGAAGCAGAAGAAAUGGAUUUCAGUGAUAGACCUGAACAUUUCUGCUGACACAUCAGAGAGGCCGUUAUCUAAACCAAACACAACAAGAGCUUCAUUUCACAGCAGCAAACCUGCACCAGCAGAUACUGCCUCCAGCAGACCCGUCACAUCUUCAUCAUCAUCAUCUUCAUCUUCAGUGUUAAUGUUUUUCUCAUCAUCUCCUAAUGCAGUGUCACCAAAACCACAGCCAGGUUUAGCACCAAUCUUCAUGGUGAUGGUCAUAGUUAUAGGGAUACUGACAGGGUUUGGAUUCUCAUCGUUUAUAUACUUAAGACGGAGGCAAAAGAAAGAAGGAACGCAGCCCAAAGAUGUGGUUCGUGGCCCGACUAAGAAUCUGCCCAGUGGAGAUAUGGGAGAAACUAGAGAAGCGGACUGCGAUUAUGAAGACAUCAGUAGCACUCUUGAUCAUCCUGACUAUAGUCUGGUGCUUCCAGCAUUUGCUGAACAUGAAGCCUCUGUUUAUGCUCUAGCACAAUUACCCAGCAGCCCCUCGGACGAUCUCAACUACUCCAGCAUCAAGUUUACAGCGGCUCAUCAUUCAGACGGGACUUCUGACGGGCAGGAGACAUGCGACUACACAACUAAUGAAAAGUAUUGUGACAGGCUGAAAUGUUUAGCACCAAUCUUCAUGGUGAUGGUGAUAGUUAUAGGGAUACUGACAGGGUUUGGAUUCUCAUCGUUUAUAUACUUAAGACGGAGGCAAAAGAAAGAAGGAACACAGCCCAAAGAUGUGGUUCGUGGCCCGACUAAGAAUCUGCCCAGUGGAGAUAUGGGAGAAACUAGAGAAGCGGACUGCGAUUAUGAAGACAUCAGUAGCACUCUUGAUCAUCCUGACUAUAGUCUGGUGCUUCCAGCAUUUGCUGAACAUGAAGCCUCUGUUUAUGCUCUAGCACAAUUACCCAGCAGCCCCUCGGACGAUCUCAACUACUCCAGCAUCAAGUUUACAGCGGCUCAUCAUUCAGACGGGACUUCUGACGGGCAGGAGACAUGCGACUACACAACUGUUAGACCAUGAAAGACUGAGGACAUUCAUGGAGACCAGGCUGAAUCACACCGAACUAAGACUGCAUCGCACUUGCUUUGUGAUUGAAAUCUGUGGCCCUGGUGUUAUUUUGGAUCAAUUUCAUUGGAGACGUAAGAUAUUUGGUUGGUUACGUUUCUGAUCGUCUGUUAUUUAUUCAUACCCACAAGUCCUUUAGUAUUACAGUGCAUAGUGAAGAAUGAAAUGA